CAUUUGAGGUAUUUACAUAGAUAAAGAUUUAACGGGGUUGUGGUCAAAUCAAAAUGUGUUGAAGUUUUCAUGCGUGAUCGGUUGGCGAUUACUUUUGACUGAAAUACUGCACACAGCCAACAGCCUCAACUCAGUAACGAGUGCAUUUCCAAGGUCAAAUUUCGACCUCCGUGAGCUGGUCAUGGGUUUGACCAAGCAGUACCUGCGCUAUGCACCCAGUGCAGUGUUUGGAGUGAUAGGCAGCCAGAAGGCCAACAUCUGCUACGUGACCCUGAGAGGAGGAGAGAAGGGACGCUAUGUUGCAGUGGCAGCAUGUGAGCAAGUCUUCAUCUGGGAUGUGCGGAAAGGAGAGAAGGUCUUGAUCCUUCAGGGUCAAAAACACGAGGUCUCAUUCCUCUGCCCCUCACCUGAUGGGGUGCAUAUCGCUGUGGGUUAUGAAGAUGGAGCCGUGCGAAUAUUCAGCCUGAUGAAUGGAGAGAGCAAUGUGUCUUUCAACGGCCAUAAGUCCGCCGUCACCGUGAUGCACUACGACGCACUGGGAGCAAGACUUGUCACUGGCUCAAGGGACACAGAUGUGAUCGUGUGGGACAUCAUCAAUGAGUGUGGACUGUACAGACUUAAGGGACAUAAAGAUGUUAUUACACAGGCCUUGUUUCUCAAAGACAAAAACCUUCUUGUCACAAGUUCGAAGGACAGCUUUGUCAAGUGGUGGGACUUGGACACACAGCAUUGUUUCAAAACCAUGGUUGGCCAUCGAAGUGAGGUGUGGGGGAUGGUGCUGUUGAAUGAGGAGAACAGACUUCUGACAGGCUCGGCCGACAGUGAGCUCAGAGCUUGGAACAUCAAGUAUCUUGAUGAGGAAAGGGCAGAGGGUGAGCCCCAGGUGAAGAAACCACUGAUGGAUGGGGAUGAUGGUGAUGAUGCAGAGGAAAUGGAUGAGAGUCCUGAAGAGCGGAUUCUGGCUUGUUCCAAGGCUGGCUCCAUCCUCAGAGAGGCCAGAGAUCGAGUUGUUUCCCUCACCACGGACAAAAAAGCCCAAAUCAUUGCCUGCCAUGGAAACGAUUCCAUCUUGGAGCUCUUCACUGUCCUGUCAGAGGAAGAGGUGCGAAAGAAAAUGACCAAGAAGCUGAAGAAAGCAAAAAAGAAGGCAGCAAAAGCUGCGAGUGAUGGAGACUCUCAGGAGGCACAGCCAGUGGUGGAGAGGACAUUAACAGAUGAAAUUGUCAGACUGAGCAACAUCAAAGCUUCAGCUAAGAUCAGAUGGGUCGAUUGCAUGUCAUGUGCUGGUGGUGAGCUGAAGGUGGCGAUGCUGCUGCAGAACAAUACGAUCGAGACGUACAGCCUGAAGACUUCAGAUGCCACGGCUGCAGCCAACAAGACUUCUCGUCUCACUCUGGGAGGCCACCGCACUGACGCUCGCACCGUGGCCUUCAGCUCAGACAACCUGGCGCUUCUGUCUGCGUCCGGAGACACUGUCAAAGUUUGGAACAGAGCCACCCUGCAGGUGGUCCGCACCAUGGCCUGCGAAUACGCCCUCUGCUCGCUCUUUGUACCUGGUGAUCGGCAGAUCAUUCUGGGAACCAAGAGCGGUAAACUGCAGAUCUUUGAGUUGGCGUCGGGAAGCCUGCUGGAGACGGUGGAUGCUCAUGCUGGAGCGCUGUGGUCUCUCUGUUUAGCUCCAGACCAGAGAGGGAUCGUGACGGGGGGUGCAGACAAGACCGUAAAGUUCUGGGAGUUUGAGCUGAUCAAGGAUCAAGAGAGUGGACAGAAGAGGCUCACCGUGAAACACACACGCACACUGCAGCUGGAGGAGGACGUCCUGUGCGUGAAGUUGUCUCCAGACCACCGACUGCUGGCUGUUUCCUUGUUGGACUGCACCGUCAAAAUCUUCUACACAGACACACUCAAGUUUUUCCUGUCCCUGUAUGGUCACAAGCUGCCGGUGCUCAGCCUGGACAUUUCACAUGACAGCACUCUGAUUGCUACGGGGUCGGCUGAUAGGAACGUGAAGAUUUGGGGCUUGGACUUCGGCGACUGCCACCGCUCUAUGUUUGCUCAUGAUGACAGUGUCAUGUUCCUCCAGUUUGUCCCCAAGACUCAUCUGUUUUUCACGGCGGGGAAGGACAAGAAGAUCAAACAGUGGGAUGCGGACAAGUUCGAGCUCAUCCAGACGUUAGAGGGCCACCACCGGGAGGUCUGGUGCCUGUGCAUCAGUCCCAACGGUGACCACAUCGUGUCGUCUUCUCACGACAAGUCGCUGCGACUGUGGGAGAGAACGAGGGAGCCUAUUAUCCUGGAGGAGGAGAGAGAGAUGGAGCGGGAGGCGGAGUUUGAGGAGGGCCUGGCCAAGGGGGACAUGCCUGUGGUGCCCGGAGAGACGCAAGGAGAAACCGCACCAGCAGCGAAGAAAACCGUGGAAACAGUCAAAGCUGCCGAGCGGAUCAUGGAAGCCCUGGAGCUCUACAGGGAAGAGGGGAGGAAGAUGGAGGAGCACAAGUAUGCGUGUGAGAGAGCAGGCAAAGAGCUGCCUCCACCAAAGCCGAACCCCAUUCUUGUGGCCUUCGGGAAUAUUUCACCGACCCGCUACGUCUUGGACGUCAUCAAGAAGGUCCGGUCAAGUGAGCUGGAGGUGUCUCUGCUGGUGCUGCCCUUCCCGUAUGUCUCCGACCUGCUGACGCUGUUCAACAGCUACAUUCAAGACGGCCUGGAGGUGGAGCUGGUGUGCCGCUGCAUGUUCUUCCUGCUCAAGAUCCACUUCGGCCAAAUCUCCAGCAACCAGAUGCUGCUGUCUGUCAUAGAUAAGCUGCGUACAAAUACUCUUUCCAAAGUCCAGGAAAUCAGGGACGUGAUGGGCUUCAACAGCGCCGCCCUCCAGUUCCUGCAGCGGGAGAUCGAGAGUAAGGAGGAAGUGAUGUUCUUUGCUGAUGCGACGGGCCAACUGAAGGAGAAGAAGAGGAGGAGGAGGAAGAGGGAGCGCGUGAUUCUCACCAUCGCUUGAGCAACCGUGGACUGAGCUUGUUUUUGUAAACCGAUGA